AUGGCUAAUAAAAUUAAUAGCCAAAAUAAAACAAUAAUUGAAGAAGAAGACAAUAUAAAAUAUCUUCCAUUUAAUAUUCAAUGGCUUGAUUCGAGUUAUCAACAAACAAUUCUACCUGAUAGUCCAUGGCAAAAAAUUCUUGAUGAUCUUGAACCAGCAUUAGCGAAUAAAGUUCGUCAGCAAUUUAAUAAUCCUGAACGUCGUCAGAUGUUAAUUGAAUUACUUGGUAGAUUAUUUCAUAUAAAAUUACUUCGAUCUGAACCUUAUGAUCCAAAUUCAUUACGUCCACCUCUUAUAACUGAAGAACAUCGACGGAAACUUGAAAAUGAAGCAAAAUCAUGGUUACAAAUACAAACACAUAAAUCCGCACUUGAAAUAGGCGCAGCGGUUACGGAAGAUGACGAUAUCAAUAAAUUAUCAAAUAAUAUGAAAAAUUUUCUUGAGUAUACCUAUCAAAUAGUACGUAAAGCACUUGAACGUUAUUUAUAUCAAGUACAACAAAAAGACAAUGUUAAACAAGAAGAACAAAAAUUACAAGACAAAAAUAGAAGCAAAUAUCACGAUGAUAUUAAUAGCAGUUCUAAACUUCGAUCAAUUCUAAGAGAUUCAAAGACGAAUUCAAGAAAAUUACCAAUGAUUACUGAAUUCCCACCUACACCUUAUCCAAUGACAUCAGAAUAUAGUGAUAUUGUAUCAAGUUCAGUCGUUGCAUUACUUAAACGUGAUCCUCGUCGUGUUAUUUUUAUUACUGAAAAAUUAUUUGGUCAACAACUUCCACUUUCACUUCGUCAAUUUAUUUGGACGGAAUGUUUACUUCGUGUUGAAAAAAAACCAUAUGAUUAUGAUCUUAGUCUUGUUGAACUUCAAAUUAGACGAGAAUUUGCUGCUGGUAUAACGCGUGGUAAAACUGAACUUAAAUUAACUAAUCCAUCUAAUACACCAGUAACAAAUUUAAUUGAAAAUGCAGUUAUAGAAACAUAUAGCAAAGUUCAUGCUUUACAACCAUUUCUUGAAGAAAAUCAUUUACGAUUUACUAUAAAAAUUUUAAAUGUACUUUAUACAUAUAAAAAAGAUUAUGAACCGUAUUUUAUUUAUUGGUUAUUACCAUUUCAAUUAUCAUAUCGUGAUGAAGCAAAUAAAGAUGAAGAAAUUUAUGUUAUUGCAAUGCAUCUGGAUUUAUUUGUUCGUCAUUGUUUUCCGGAAUGGACAAAUGUAUUUUCUAUUGCUAGUAAAAUAAUGACAGAUUUAUCAUCAAAUGAUCCAGAAUUUUAUGAUCAUUUAAAAACCAUAGCGAAAAUACGUACAAAAAUAAAUCAAAAAGAUUUUGUUACACAAAUUAUUACUUUAGAAAGUAAACAUAGUGGUAGUACAGCACAAUAUGCAAGAGAGUUAAUGGCUGAUCCAGUUAUUUUUCUUCGAAAAUGGAUUGGAGAAAUGUUUUUUGGUAUUCUCAAUUCAAAUUGUGCACUUUAUUUAUGGGAUCAAUUUUUUAUGAUUAAAUGGAAUACACAAUAUAUAGAACAUGCAACAAAAGCUGUACUUUAUUUACUUCGUGAUCGUUUUAUGUAUGCGACUGAUUAUGAUGAAAUGCGAAAAGUAUUUCUUGAAGAACCAUGUCUUUUACAAACAUUAGAUGUUCAAGCAGCUUUUGUUCAUCUUGCUUUAAAAAAUGAUGAUCCAAAAUAUAUUCCAGCUAUGAAUCAACGUUUAUAUUCAACAAAAUCAACUAUGAUACAAAAUAAUCAUAAUCCACAAAUGUCGAAUAGAAAAAAAGCAUAUUUAGAAACAAUUGGUAUUAAAGAUAUAUCAUUAACAUUAGCUAUACCUGUUAAUUCUUCUAUUAAUGGAGGAUCUCGACCAGACAUUGAUGUUAAAUCAUUAAUGGUUGAAAUUCAAAUUUAUGGAGCUGGAGAAAAAAUAUGUGAUGUAUCAACUGUAUCUGCACCUGUUCUUCGUGAAAAAGAAGCAGUGGUACAUAAUUGGCAAAAACUUACUAUUGAUAUACCAAAUGAAAAAUUAGUUUUAUCAAUGAAAGAAACUCGUCCAUCAUUUAUGCCUACUCGUAUUCAAGCACUUGCUACUGUUCGACAACGAACGAGUACUAUCAAUUCAAUUGCUCUUGCUCAUUGUCGUUUUCCAUUAUACAUACCCCAAAAAAUCGGUAAUUUAGAUACAUGGGAUGUUACAUAUGGACCUGUUGUACGUACUCUUCAUCCUGGCAUGCCUCCAGUUUCUAUUGAUAUGAUUCCUGAUAUGCCCAAAAUAUUUGUUGCGGAUAAAAUUGGUCCAGGUUCUUCUAUAUCUUUAAAUGUUUUUGAUCCGAAAGCUGAUCAAUAUUUUAGCCAGUAA